AAGAACAAUAGAAAAGUACAAAAUUUUUGAUAACUUUUUUAUUAAGGAAGUGCUAAUGCUCAUAUUCUUAGGUCAACUUCGUAUGACAUAAACAGUUGAUAAUAUGAUAAUAUUUUAACAGAUUUUUGUUGUGAAAAUUUCAGAUUUUCACCAUUUUUUAAUAUAUGCAAAAUUGAUAAAAUGGUACAUAGGCAUAUUUGUAAUGAUGAUAUAAAGCUUAAGUAAAAAUAUUUAUGUUAGCACUUUAAAGAAAAAAGAAAUAUCAUUUUUUUUGUGCUUUUCUAUUGUUCAAAUUGUACCCCGAUUGGGGUAUAUUACCCCGAUCGGGGUAUAUUACCCCGAACAAGGUAAUUUACCCUGAUUGGGAGAUGUGCCCAGCCUGUUUUAACCAACUGACAUUUCAGAUCCAUUAGUGCCAAUCAGUGUUGGGUCUUAACUACAGGAUCUGGAGUGCUCGGCGAUACUGGAACUUCAACUUGGCUAUUAACAUGUUGUCAAUGAUCGACAUUACGGAGUUUAUGUAGGGUGAGACCUCAGCAUCAGCAGUCGGAGUAUAAUCCGAAACUGGGAUCGGGAUGUUCAGGCAUUUUCCAUUUACACUAAAACAACCAGACAACAUGUUUUCUGACGCCGUUCUGUUGAUGCUGAUACCUUGACCCUUAAGAUGAAGAAGUUCACAAGCUGUAUUUCUAAACCAAGGGAGGUAACUGAUGAACAGGACAAGAAGAGUAAACUCUGCACCACUUCAGUGGUUCUGAAGUCCAAAGGGCUGGUGCGGGGAGUUAAACCUAAGAAUACGAAGAGCCCAAUAAAUGAACUGCUAGCAAAAAGAAAACUGACAAGCCUCAGAAAUAAAGUGUCAACAGAGAGAAAACCAACAAGCCUAACAAAUGAACUACCAGCAGAGAGAAAACCGACCAGCCAGCCAAAUAAACUAUCAACAGAGAGAAAACCAACAAAUCAAACAAAUGAACUAUCAGCAAUUAUGACAAAAACAAAGAGCCUUACAAAUGAACUGUCAGCAGAGAGAACACUGACAAGCCUAACAAAUGAACUAUCAGCAGGGCAGAAACUGACAUUUGUUUGUAUAUCAGACACUCAUUGUAAACUGAACAAAGAUGAUAUUGGACGUAUACCACUUGGUGAUGUUUUGUUACACACAGGAGAUUUUACUAUGGAUGGAACUGAAAGAGAACUCAUUGAAUUUAAUAACUUUCUAG